AUGAAGCACAAAUUCCGUUUCACCGACCUGCUCAUUAUCAAAGUGGAAAGAAGUUACACUUACGGAAAUAAGGAAGUCCAUAUGUGUGUAAGUGUGAGGCCACGUAUACGAGAGCAUUGGUCCAAGAACCCUGCUGUGUCGUGUCAUUUCUGUCCAAACAUCUUGAGCCGUGACAGAUUUCUUUCUAUUUUGAGAAACUUCCACAUUAGUGAUAAUUCCUUAGCUAAGAGGAAAGAAGAAACUGGCUAUGACCCACUGCACAAGGUGAGAUCCCUCCUAGAUAAUGAGUGUGCUAAUUUCCAGCAUGCGUAUACAACAUCUCGAAAAAUUACAAUAGAUGAAGGCGUGUGUAAAUUUCGAGGUCGUGUGUAUUUCAAACAGUGCAUGCCACAAAAACCAAAUAAAUACGGUAUGAAACUGUACAUGUUAUCUGAAUCUGACACAGGUUACUUCUGGAAUUUCUCCGUUUAUGCAGGUGAAAGGUCUGACAUAGUGAAUCUGGUAAAGACAUUGUUUGCAAAUCUGUCAGGAAAAGGCUACACUUUGUUUACGGACAGAUUCUACACAAGUCCAAUACUUGCUUCAGAACUGGAAACUGCAAAAACUGCUCUUGUGGGAACAACAAGAAAAUCUCGGCAGGGAUUGCCUCGUGCUAUAAAAGAUCUGAACCUUCAGCGAGGUGAACUUAUUUUCAGGCGUAAAGGAAAUAUGUCAACACUGUGUUGA